AUGACAAUCGCUUAUAACGGAAUAGGAACGGAAAUUGACGGCGGAUUGCAUCACACCAUCGGUCCAGUGCCGGAAGGCGGCCGAUUGGUAUUGGAGUGCCGAGUUCAAGGAGGGAAACCCAAGCCACGGGUGCAAUGGUAUUCCGCGGACGGCAAAGUCACCUCUUCGCUCGGUACCGGAACAGUCGUGGAUCUGGCAGAAGAAGUAUCUUACGGAAACGAAAACUACGGCGAAGAAACAACAACCAAAAGUCUUGUAAUUCAUCAAUUGAAUCGAAGUCAUGCUAAUAGUACAUACACGUGUCUGGCUGGAAACGACGACAACACCAUGCAAUCGAAUCUCCGAAUGACAGUGCUGAUAAACAUGUACCUGAAUGUGAAAAGUGUACGUAUUGUCGGCAUACAUCCAAUAGACGAAUCAGAGAAUACGGUUAAUUAUAACGAAGACAGUAGUAAUGACGGAGUUGUACAAGCAACAAAUCUUAUAUCUGGUAAGUGGUAUACGGGUGAAUGCUGGGCCGAGGGUGCGAGUCCUAAGGCUACGAUAGAAUGGUCUAUUGACGGAAACGGCACCUUAGCUGACGAAAUACCUUCAGCUCCGACCACUGCUCGCAUAACAGUAAUGGAACAAACCGAACAUAGCAGUAGGAUACGAUUGAGGCCUACGCCGAGUGACGAUGGUCGAUAUUUACGAUGCCGAGCUUGGAACCCUGAUAUUAAUACCACGAAAGAUAAUAUUAAAAAUAAAGCUUUAUUACUUAACGUCCAAUAUCCGCCCAUAGUUAAAUUGAGUUUGGGCCACACGUUCGAUCCGAGUAGAAUCAAAACGGGAGAUGACGUGUAUUUCGAAUGCAAGGUGUUGGAUGGCAGCGGGAGCAGAGGAAAACAACGUAAUCGCAUUGAAUGGUAUCACAACGGUCACCCGAUCUUGCAAAACGGAAGUAGCAACGGUAGCGUCAGCAUCGACUCGGAAAUCAAAGUCGUUCUUUUGAGCGCCGGCACUUUGGUCAUAAGGAACGUGGGCCGCCGACAUUCCGGUCGGUACACGUGUCAGUGUAAUAACGACUUGGGAAUGGGACGGUCACGGCCGGUCACCCUCCGCGUCCAAUACGCUCCCGUUUGCGCGGACGACGGCAAUCAACUGCAAUUGGUGGGCGUGGAAGCCAACGAAAAUCACGUCCGCAUCGUGUGCCGUGUAAGAGCCGACCCGGCCGACGACCGUGUCCAAUUCGAGUGGCUCGUGUGGCCGGGCGCUGCGGCCGCGGCCACCGGUGAGCUGCACCAGCAACAAUCACCGAGCGUGGUGGCCACCGGCAGCUACGUCACCACCGCUCUGCCCAACCAGCGGAACGACACGGCCGUCGGCGAGCUUGUACUUCCGGCCACGACCGUCGGUGUUCCGGACGUGGUCCAGUACGUGGACCGAGCGCCGCACGUCAAGAAACCCAUCGUGCUAGACACGGUUAGCUGUCGGGCCACCAACGCCGUCGGCCGUCAGCAGAACCCUUGUUUGUAUCACAUAAUACCGGCAUCUCCUCCGGGUCCGUUGACUGGCUGCGCGAUUCGAUUGCCCAAAGAUCAAGAACGCCACGCCGGCACCGGAAAUAGACAUCACCAUCUCCAUCAUCAACAACAUCAUCAUCAGCGACGCACUUCGCCCGUCCACGACGGCGUGGAAGACAAAGACUUGGCAACAAUAAGUUGUACUUUAGACAACGACGGCGGAGUUAGGCCGGUGACUUACUCGUUGGAGAUUUACGAGAGCAAUGAUUUGACCACGACGUUACACGGAUCAUCCUACGCGACGGCGGACGACAACGACGACGACGUUCGCCGCAAUAAAUAUCGCGGCGAAUGGCUCGCGGACAACGUGACGGGCACCGCGGCCGCGUCUAUGGCGGGUGGCGGUUCAAUCGAGUACCGCGUGAACCGCAAGAACCUGCGGCUGAGAAACGGCCCGGACGACGGUCGAAAACAUUUGACCCUGUCGGCGUACGCGGCCAACCGCAUGGGCCGCGGCCCGCACACGUACUUCGGCAGCGACAACGUGAUGCUGUUGAGGCACCCGUGGUGGUGGCGCGGCGAGUCGGCUUACGAGAGCAGUACGAGGGCCGCCGGUCCGGCCGGAACAUCGUCCACCGAAUGGUGGAUAAUGUUGAGCGGCGGUGCCGACGACGACGACGACGAUCGGCGGAGCAACGCGUCGAAUGGCCGCGGCAAAAACACCACAGCGACCAGCGUGAUAGUGUUCGCUUCGGUAGCGGCCACGUCAGCGAUAGUCAUCGCGGCGGCGUUUUUGUUGUGGAGACGGCGGCGGGACGGCGGGAGAUCUCCGACGAUUACGGAAACCGCAGCGAUAGCGUCCAACGACCGGGCGACGUGCGGCGGUGGCGGCGACAAGACCGGUGAAAAAUAUUCGCUUCUCUCACGGCGAACGCAGCAGCAGCAGCAGCAGCAGCAGCGAAACGUCUACCCGAAUCUGACCGGGUCGAACCGCGAUCGUGAUCCAGCAGAUCCCGGAGAUCCUGCUCCCGACAUAAUGAUCCAACAAAACUACGGCAAACAGUUUUUGGUGUCGAUCGUGAACCGUGGCAUUCCCGGCCCCGAGAGUUGCGUAUAA